AUGUCUCCACCUGACUCAGCACACUGUUUUGAUGAGGGACCAUCCAUGGAUUCAGGAAUAGGCCUUCCAUCUAGCCCAGCCCGUACCCCACCAGAUGCGUCGCAGCUUACACGCCAAUCCUCACUUUACCACCAACCACAGAGCGGUUAUGAAGCUCUCCACCGUAAACUAUGGGAUUUUGAAGACACCACGCCCGUGCCAGUAGAUAAUUCAAACAAAUACUCACUACACAAUAGUGUGCGCUUCACCAAUCAGACCGCCCUACCUCCCUCACGGCCUGCAAGCACAAUUUCUUCCAAAGGAGAUGGCCGAUCGAUCGGAGCGAAGAACUCGCAAAUGCCUCCGAGGCCUCAGACGCCAUACCCACGCCAGCGCAAAGCAGAACCUAAUGAGACUCCCCAUACCGGUGAUGCAAAAGAGGUGUUGGGACCACAGAAAGGAAGAAAGACGCCAGUGCUGAUGAACGCCCCGAAGCUACAAUGGGACUUCACCAAGCCGCUUUUUGCUAUGCCAAGUCAGAGCACCCUGGACGGUGAGGAGGAGGCUGAUGAGAAAGAAGAAGUAGAGGUAGAGCGACGAAAUCUCAGGAAUGUAGAAAGGGCAAGCACGCCGAUUCCUACGUCCACCUCAACGAAGAACAAUGCACAGCACCGCAAAGCAAAAAGCGCACUCCCUCCAACCCAAUCAUCUCUCAGAAUCUACACUGUCGAGCGACAAAGAUCCCCUUCCCCCAAGCAACAACCAUCUCCUCCACCCACGCCACACAUCCCCGCUCUCCUGCGCGUCCUAGACGCAAACCUGCAUCCCCAGCCCCACCAGCUACGUCCCUUACCGGAAACCGACGAGCGCCCCGAGCUCUCCAAGCCCCGCUACCAACUCUCACCCUUCCCCCGCUGCUAUCAGACAAGGACCAGAGAUGCUUUCAGUCCAAACUAUUCCUGCCUAGAUGACCCACGCAACCAAAGCAGCAGUGGAAGUCUAUAUACCCAGCGUACCAGGGAAACAGAUCCCUACCCCUUCACCACGACUGAGACGUUGGGGUUGCAGACCGCACGCCUAUUGCCUGUGCAGCGUGUUGAACGCGCUGAUGUAAGGUGUGGCCAUGUUAGUAAUGCGAACCGGCGGUGCUGCGAUGUGCCGGAUUUGAGUAGUGAGGAGCAGUAUGAGGAGUUGAGGGGGGAGGUUGUGGGGAGUGCAGAGAAGACAAGGUUUGGGACGAAAGCGAGGAAGGCGUGGGAUAAGGUUCGGGGUUUGUUUUGUAGGAAGGAUGGGGGAUUGGGUGGAGAGCGUUGGGAUAGCAAUGUGUAG